UAGAGAAUAGAGAGACACUUGUCAUCCAUAAAGCGGAGUAGCCAAACAGAGAGAUCAAAUUCCAGAGAAAGAGAGAAUCGGAGAAGUGAUUUUUCUUAACCGAGCAUUAUCCUCUCGCAUUCGCUUCGUUGCGUUCACCACCGAUUCAUACUCUCUAUAGACAGAAUUGAAUUGCAUCAAUGAACAAUAGCAGGAGCAACAAGAGGCCUAGAAGGAGUCUCGAGAGGGCAGUGGUAGAUGUUUGGCAACGGGAACUUGGCUCGCUCUCCACUCGAAAUUUCGCACACCGUCUCGCCGCUUCGGAGGAUCUUGUACUAAGACUUGAUACCUACAAGAAGCUAGAAAAGCACCGAGGUUGUGUGAACACAGUGAGCUUCAAUGGAGAUGGUGACAUUUUGGUAUCGGGAUCUGAUGACAGGCGAGUUAUACUUUGGGACUGGCAAACUGGGCAGAUAAAGCUUUCAUUUCAUACUGGUCAUCUUAACAACGUUUUCCAAGCAAAGAUUAUGCCAUACUCAGAUGAUCGAAGCAUUGUCACCUGUGCUGCAGAUGGACAGGUUCUGCAUACUCAGAUUCUGGAGCGUAGGGUGGAAACUUCUUUCCUAGGAAAACAUAAGGGCAGAGCUCAUAAGUUGGCUAUUGAACCUGGGAGCCCUCAUAUAUUCUAUACUUGCGGUGAAGAUGGAUUGGUCCAGCAUUUCGAUCUGCGAACUGGGGCCGCUGCAGAACUCUUCACAUGUCAUCAUACCAACGAUAGGAGUUCCAUGCCAGUCAUACGUCUAAAUGCAAUCGCAAUAGACCCAAGGAACCCAAAUCUCUUUGCAGUUGCAGGGUCUGAUGAGUAUACUAGACUAUACGAUAUCCGCAAGUAUAAGUGGGAUGCGUCGUCUGAUUUCGGUUUACCUACAGAUCACUUCUGCCCUCCUCAUUUGAUUAAUGAUGAUGCAGUUGGAAUUACAGGCUUGGCCUUCUCGGAUCAAAGCGAGCUUCUUGUCUCGUACAAUGAUGAGUUCAUCUAUCUUUUUACUCACCAUAUGGGAUUAGGAUCUAAUCCAACUCUAUCUUCUACCACAUCUGUGUGUAGUGAUGCAAGUGAUAUGGGAUCGGGCUCACGAGUGCCUUCCUCACCCAUGGAUGCUGAGGAAAAACUUAUUCCCCAGGUCUACAAGGGCCAUUGUAAUCGUGAUACAGUGAAGGGAGUGAACUUCUUUGGGCCUGGAUGUGAAUAUGUGGUAAGCGGGUCUGAUUGUGGCCAGAUUUUUAUUUGGAAGAAAAAAGGUGGAGAGCUCAUUCGUGUCAUGGAGGCAGAUAAGCAUGUGGUGAACUGCGUUGAAUCUCAUCCGCAUAGCACAGUGCUUGCUAGUAGUGGAAUUGAGAAUAACAUCAAGAUAUGGACUCCAAAGGCCAUUGAAAGAGCUACUCUUCCUCCAAACACUGAACAGUUAAGACCAAAGCCGAGGAGCUGGAUGUAUCGAAUGGCUUCACCUCAGGACCUGAUGGUGCAAUUAUUUUCAAUGGAAAGUCGGAGGAUUAGCCCAGAUCUCAGGGAGGAAAACUCUUCUACAGGUCACGAACUUCUGGAACUUAUGUUGACAUUUAAUGCCAACAACGAUGUUUCUUCUGAUGAAGGAGGAGAUAACUCUGGUCCCGAGGACUUCUUUGGUUGAGAGAUCCUGGACCAAGCCUUUUGUUCUAAUGAAAAUUGAUAGUAAUUGUACAUAUUUACAAGGUUCAGAAUGAGACUUUUUUUCUCAGGGCAUUACAUAUAUUGUAAUACCCGAUCCCAGUAAUGCCUCUCACUUUUAAUUUGUUUUCCCUUCAUCUCCCUCUUCUUCCUCUAAUUUAUGUCUCGUGUGUUUUUUGUAUAUAUAUUUGUGAGAAUGUUCAAGAAUGAUCAUCAUUCAAAUUUCAAGCCCAGUUUUUGGGCUAAUCAUCAAUCGGACGAGCCGGCGUUCAUAAA